AUGGACAUGGACGGCCUCAGCGACAACAUGCCCAACGGCCGGUCUUCAGCUCAACCGCAUCACAUGCCCUACGGUACACCUUCGACCUCACAAGCUGCGCCAGCAGCCCCUCUGGCAUCGACUUCGGCCGUGUUCACGACACCUGGAGCACAACAACCCACAGACAAUCCAGCAUCGCCCGCACCUGCAGGACAGGCUCAUCCCCACAUGAAUGGCCUAUCCCAAGGCUACCCAUAUCCUACAUUGCCUGGACAAGCAGCAGCGCUUCCUACCAUGAUGCAGGACCAGUACAUGAACCACGAUCCGAGCAUGUCUACACCUGGCAUCUCACCCACACAACAGAAUGCGGCAAAGAGAGCCUACCGCCAACGUCGAAAGGAUCCAAGCUGCGACGCCUGCCGGGAACGGAAGGUCAAAUGCGAUGCAACCGACAUGACCAGCUGCUCGGAAUGCUCAAGUCGAGGCGUGAAGUGCCAGUUCACCAAGGAGACCAACCGGCGGAUGUCCUCGAUCAAGCAGGUGCAGGAUUUGGAGAAGCAGCUGGCGAACGCGAAAGCUCAUAUCGACUCGUUAAAUGCGCAACUACGAGACAGAGGCGCCACCGACCUUGAGGCGGGCACCAGCAACAUUCCGACUCUGAAUCUUCCUGAUGCCAGUGUGAAGGAGCGAAGGCCAGGACCACCAGCCAUCGACGGACUUGACGAGACGAGGCAGAACAUCCGAAACUUCUCCAGAGGCAUCUUUGUACCACCACCACCUUACCGGACAUUUGGCUCUCAGCCGAAUUACCCUCACGCAACACAUCAACUCCCGCCCAAACAUGUCGCCGACAGAUUGCUCUCGCACUACCACGGCUCAGUGCACGUGUAUGCACCGCACCUGCAUUGGCCGACCUUCAUACAAGAGUAUGAACAGGUGUACCGACUGGGCAGCUUCCAACAGUCCCCCCAUAUCUGGGUGUCUGUAUUCUACGGCGUUCUGGCUUGCGGGACUCUGAUGGAUCCACAGCCAAACGCGCCUGCGCAAGAAGGAGAAGGUGCAGGGUACCUGGAUACCUGCGUGAGGUGUAUCAACACAUGGAGCGAUGAGCUCACGCUGGACACCGUACGAGCGGCGCUGCUCAUUAGCAUCUACUUCAUCGAAACGAAUAUGAGGUCGGCAGGGUGGAUGUGGCUGGGAGGUGCUAUUAGGACUGCACAGGACAUUGGGCUGCAUACAGAUCGAGGACCGUAUCCGCCUGUGGAGGCAGAAAUGAGGAGGCGCGUCUGGUGGAGCAUCUACAACUGGGAUCGGCCCCUGACGAUAGAUGACGACGACUGCGAUGUCACUGAGCCUACGCCCGUCGACGACGAGUUCAUCCGCCCUACUGGCAUCAGCUUCCCACCUCCAGGAACUACGUCCACGAACGGGCUAAUACCUGUCAUCCCGGUCGUACGCCUCAUUGCACAACUCAAGAAGACGCUCAAGUCCCGCACCAUCGCAGUAGCAACACUGACUCUUUACGAUGACCACUUCCGAUCCAUCAUGGACACCUACCCGGAACCGUUCUCGAUCCAUACACAGUCCUAUCUCGACCCACGACACCUCAUGGCAGCAUGCAGUCUGCAAACUGCGCGCUUUUUCCUCUACCGCCACAACCUCUCACCCGCUUGUCGUGCCCCGGAUAGACGCGACGCGCUCGACCGAUGCGUCCGCGUCGGCAUCGACACAGCACACUACGUACAGCGCUCGAUGCAGCAGGGCUCGCUUUCACCCAGCCAGAGUUUCUACUCAACAGCACACAUGGCGAAUUGGGCAGCACGAUUAAGGACCAUGGCGCCGGCAUUCUUCUGCUCCCACCUCUGGCGUUGCGCUCUGGUGCUCUGUCUACGACUGGAGUUUGCUCAAGCCUUGACAAUCGUACAAGCAUCAGCAAGCAUCGGUGACCUGCGCAAGAGUAACACAGCUUGCGGGCGAAACCUUGCAUUCUUCCUCGACAAACUCAUCGGCCGACUACGAUCAGGUGCGAACCGAGACACACUGGAGCAAGACGAAGAGAUGCUCGCGUACACCAGCGGUGACCUCCAGGGCUGCGGUGAAGAGAGCUGGGUCUGGAUUGGAAGCGACACCGGUGCAGCGCUCAGCAAAGCUCAUCGCAACGCCUUCCCGAACGAGUCUCCGAACAGCACUUCGCUCACAGAACGCGAGACACACGAGUGGGGAGGGUGGGAUCACGUACAGAGGACGCUCAAUCAACUGCUUCAGGACCAGCAAGCUUCGAUGGGACCUCCGCCGCAGACCCAGCAUCAACAACAGCAGCAGCAGCAACCACCACCGCAACAGCAGCCAGCGCCUUACCCACAACAUUCACCGACAUACCCACCACCACCAUGGACGUACCCACCUCCGCCACAAACACCCGGGAUGCACCAUCUCGCGCCACAGCCGUCGAUCACGUCGCAGCAUUCGUCGCUGUCGCCGGGUAAUAGCAGCCAUAGCGGCGGAAACGGCGGGAGCGGGCGGAUCAGUAUUCAGGAUAUCAUGUAA